AUGUCUAAAUCAUACCAACAUGUGUUUAACCUCGCCAACAAGAUUAUCAGCCCCAAAUUCGGCGAUAAAGUGUUGUAUCUUGCGAUAUUAGAUGAGUUAGACAAGAUUAUCGAUCUCGCUCAUGUUGCAAUACCUCAUGAAGUUGUGGAAUACGAACUUGCCCUGCCCCCCACUCACUGUUUGCGUAUCAUCACCACUACUAUUACGACCAAUCGCAACAGAGGUCUAGAGGAUCUCGCCAAGGUGGAAGGGAUCGACAUUUCUAAUCAGAAUGAUGUGUAUAUACCGACUGUUGUUCAAAGACUUGUCGAGCAGGUGCGUUCAAUUGGCCUACAACGAGAAGGCAUUUUCAGGAAGAGUCCUUCCAAUGCUGACCUCAGCAAAGCAAGAGACGAUUUAGAUCAAGAUCAUGACAUGCACAUUGAGCACCUGGAUGUUCAUACGACAGCCUCAUUACUCAAGAUGUUCUUGGCUUGUCUCCCUUGGCCACUGAUACCUAGCGAGUUUGUCGCAAUGCACUCUCAAAAUGAAGACGCUACUGAUCUGGGACAAAAACUAAGGGACCACUACAAAGACAAACCACAUCAUUUUGCACUACUGCACUAUCUUGUUUCUUUUCUAGCUCAAGUAUCUGAACACUCUGACUGCAACAAGAUGACUGUGCACAAUCUGGCCAUUGUCUUCUCGCCCAGCUUGAUUCGCUCGACUGUUGCAUUUAGUGACAUUUUGACAAGCCCAGCUGAUGCUGCUGUGUAUCUAGGACAGAUGAAAUUACACAUGGCAUUUAUUGAAUUCCUCUUCCAGGAAAAGGAUGCUGUUUUUUCAACACGGUAG